CCGCACUCCUUUCUCCCGGUGGAUGCUGCGUCUGUCGGAGCGCAACAUGAAGGUGCUCUUCGCCGCCGCCCUCAUCGUGGGCUGCGUCUUCUUCCUGCUGCUGCCAGGGCCCUCCGUGGCCGAUGAGAAGAAGAAGGGGCCCAAAGUCACCGUCAAGGUGUAUUUUGACCUCCGAAUUGGAGAUGAAGAUGUAGGCCGGGUGGUCAUCGGUCUCUUUGGAAAGACUGUUCCAAAAACAGUGGAUAAUUUUUUGGCCUUAGCUACAGGAGAGAAAGGGUUUGGCUACAAGGACAGCAGAUUCCAUCGUGUGAUCAAGGACUUCAUGAUCCAAGGCGGAGACUUCACCCGGGGAGAUGGCACUGGAGGAAAGAGCAUCUAUGGUGAACGCUUCCCCGAUGAGAACUUCAAGCUGAAACACUAUGGGCCUGGCUGGGUGAGCAUGGCCAACGCAGGCAAAGACACCAACGGCUCCCAGUUCUUCAUCACUACAGUCAAGACGUCCUGGCUAGAUGGCAAGCAUGUGGUGUUUGGCAAAGUUCUAGAGGGCAUGGAUGUAGUCCGGAAGGUGGAGAGCACCAACACAGAUGGUCGGGACAAGCCCCUGAAGGAUGUGACGAUCAUAGACUGUGGCAAGAUCGAGGUGGAGAAGCCCUUUGCCAUCGCCAAGGAGUAGGGCCCCAGGGACCUCUUCCCUUUGAGCGACCUUUUGUGCAGCCCUGCUGCCCUCGGGGGUGAAGGUGGCCCGCCGCGGGGCUCUGCACUGCACUGGCCCUGGUACUGGCAUCUGACGGAGCAGACCCACGCCCCACAUUCCACAGGCCCAGUUUUGUAACAAACUCCUGCCAACACUGACCAAUAAAAACCGGUGGAUUUUUUU